AUGAAAAGGUUUAAGAAGAGUAUUCAAGAGAAGAAUGGUGCUCAGGAUAAGAAGCAGGUAAAGUCGCACGACUUCUUUAAGGAUCGAUCAAAUAAGAUCCAACAAAUAGAUGAAUUUAAUAAGGUUAGCCUGAUUACUUCUUCGAAUUCCAAGGAGGCAGGUUUUUAUUGUGGGACAUGCCGUCGAAAGUACAAGGAUAACUUAAAGUUCUUGGAGCAUUUAAACUCCAAAGAGCAUCUAGUCAACUCUGGGUUUGAUGAGGUGGAGGCUCAAAAUUCGAAUAAGUUCACUUUGGAAGAUAUCAAAAAGAGGUUGGAAUAUCUUAGGAUGAAGGUUACUGAGACUGCAGAUGAUAUAAGUGUGAAUAUAAAGGGGAAUAUCGAGUUAGGAAAGGAGGCAGAUAGACAGAGAAGAGAGAAACGUAGAUUGAAGAAUCGAGAAAAGAGUGAGAAAAAGAAGAUAAAGAAGCAGAUUACUUAUCACACCGGUGAAGAUACCGACAUGGUGAAACUAAUGGGAUUCUCCAAUUUCCGAUCGACCAAGUAG